AUGCCUCUGCACCAGCGGACCUCUGCUAGCCCUACCAAGAGGAGCAGCUCCUCUGUCCGGAGCUCUUCCUCGGCUAGAAGCACCACCUCUUCAACCUCUUCCACAAACAAAUCAAGGGCCUUGACUGUUCAAGACCAUGACUACGAAUAUGAAGUUGAUUUCGAAUCUGAGCUCCGCGACGACCUUCAAAAGGCCAACACCGAACUCAAUAAGGCCAACGCUGAGAACGACAAGCUCAGCUCCCAAAACGACAGGCUCAAGGCCCAAAUCGAUCAGCUCAACCGCAAGCUGAAGGAAUCUAAGACAUCCCUGGAGGAAACCAACCGCAAGCUUAACGAGUCCACUAUCUCAUGCCGUGAGCUCAAGGCUCAGAUUGAGGGCGUCCGCUCUGAAGCUGAGGUUCUCCGAGAAGAUAAUCGCCGCCUCAACACCGACUUCGAGGAGCUCAAGGGCGACAAGCGCCGCCUUAACAAUGAGUGCGAUGAACUCAAAGAGGAGAAGGAGUCUCUGAAGGAGGAGAAGGAAUCCCUCAAGGAGGAGAAGGAAUCCCUCAAGGAGGAGAAUGCGCGCGUCAAGUUUGAGCAUCAUGACCUUGAGCAGCGCUUCAUUGGUCUCCAGGCCAAGCAUGAGAAUCUCACCAUGCGUCACAACGCUGUGAGUAGCCAGGCUGGCUCGUCUGCCAUGACAAGCCCCAUGACAAGCCCUAUGCCCAGCCCCCUUCCUGCCAUUCUUCCUGCUCUCCCUGAGGCCCGUAAGAACCCAUCUCGCCCUUCUAGCAAGGCCUCAAGCAAGGCUUCCAGCAAGGUGUCCACCAAAUCUGUUAGCAAGCGAGAGCCUCGUGAGGAACGCCAUCGUGAGCAAGAUGACCGCCACCUUUCUGAACGGGAGGAGAGCCCCCGUGAUGAGCACACCCGUGAGCGACGUCACCGAGACGGUCGCGAACGCCGCGAACGUGAUGAUCGAGGACAAUCUCGUGGCGAAAAGCCCAAGGACAAGGACAGAUUUGAGGCCAAGGAACGCUUAUCGAAGCGGUUUGAUGAGCGCCCUGCCGUGGCACCUCGUCAGACCAGCUUCAUUGAGCCAUGGGGUCCCGGAGGUUGGUCUCCUCGUUAUGAACCCCCUUCAAGCGACUUUGACGCUUACGGCCAUUUGGCAACAGGACGCAAGGCCGCCAGUGUUGUAUCUAGCGCGGCAUACUCCAAUGUCCCUCGCACGACCAGCAUUGUCAACGGUCACUUUAGCAGCGACAGCAGCGCUUACGAUGAUGAGCGGUAUGAGGAUGGUUCUUACCAUCCCUACCCCAUCCCUAACUAA